ACUGGUCUAAGAUCCCAUUAAAACAGCAACUGCAGCUGCGUAUAUAGGGAAAAUGGACGGGCUUGCGGAAACAUUCCAGAAGAUCGGUCUAUCAGAGACAAAGGCGAAGGAGACUGCCGCUAACAAGAAGCUGUCGGCCAAUUUGGAAGAAGUCAUUAGGGAAGCGGGCGCUUCUGAUGGAGUGGAACGGACGAUAGGAGCCCUGUUUUAUACGCUGGCAUCGACGAUAACGCCGAAAGCUCGUCCCCACUUGCCAUACAUAGCGAAGGCGAUCAAAACUGGCAGACUCACUUCAAACGAUCAGAUAUCGGCGGCAAUCAAGUAUGCCGAAAAAGCUGGGCAGUCCCUUGAUGAUUCAAAGUUUGACGAAGAAUGCGGUGUUGGUGUGGUGGUCACUCAGGAAGAGAUCAUAGCGACGGUGUCAAAUGUUAUUGACUCGCGAAAAGAGGAUUUGAUCGAGAAACGCUAUCAGAUGCUUGGCCAGCUUCUUGGUGAACUUCGAACGCGGUUACGCUGGGCGAAUUCGUUAGCUGUAAAGGAAGAAUUGGACAAGCAGAUGCUGGAGGUUCUUGGACCGAAAGACGAGCGCGACAACCCAAAGGCCAAGAAAAAGCAGGAGAAAGUGGCAAAUGCGUCAAAAGUUCCCACAAAGGACGCUCCUCCCUCGAGUGGCAACCGGGUAGCUGAAACAGCAAAAAGCACACGAUUCAUAUUUGAGGGUGAAUUGGCGCGGCUGCAUAAGCCAGGAGAGAAUCCCCAGAUCAAACCAGAGCUCAUGAAGGAGCAUCUCGCACGUACCGGAGGCAAAGUGGUUACGCGUUUUCCACCUGAACCAAACGGAUUCUUGCACAUUGGUCACGCAAAAGCUAUCAAUGUCAACUUUGGGUACGCUGCUGCUUAUAAGGGUAUCACGUAUCUGCGAUACGAUGACACCAAUCCGGAAGCCGAGGAAGAAAUUUACUUCACCUCAAUUCUUGAUACCGUAAGAUGGCUAGGAUUUGAGCCGACCGCAAUUACUUAUUCGUCGGACCACUUCCAGCGCUUGUACGAGUUGGCCGUUGAGUUGAUCAAGAGGGAUAAGGGUUACGUGUGCCAUUGUACUGGUGAGCAGAUAUAUGCGGAUAGAGGGGGUGAUACGAAAGGACCUCGGCGAGCGUGUAUUCACAGAAACCGACCGAUCGAGGAAUCCCUGGCUGAGUUCCAAAAGAUGAAGGAUGGAGAGUAUCAGGAAGGAGAAGCCAUCCUUCGCAUGAAGAUGGACUUGGAGAACCCAAACCCGCAGUUCUGGGACUUGGUUGCGUACCGUGUGCUAAAAGCACCCCACCAUCGAACUGGGGAUCAGUGGUGCAUCUAUCCUACGUAUGACUUCACCCACUGCCUAUGCGACUCUUUUGAGGACAUCACGCAUUCCCUCUGUACCACCGAAUUCACACUAUCUCGUGAGUCAUACUAUUGGCUCGUGGAUGCAUUGGAAAUUUACAAGCCUGUUCAGUGGGAAUAUGGUCGACUGAAUCUAGCCUACACGGUCAUGUCGAAACGGAAACUGAAAAAGUUGGUGGAAGACAAACUUGUCUCUGGUUGGGACGACCCCCGACUCUAUACAAUGGCCGCUAUUCGACGACGUGGUUUCACUCCGGAAGCUAUUAACGCGUUCGUUCGGGACUUGGGAGUCACGACAGCCAACACUGUAAUCCACCCCGAACGUUUGGAAAAUAUUGUUCGCGAUCACCUCAACGAUGUCGCACCACGUCUGAUGUUGAUCCUCGAGCCCUUGAAGAUUACUCUGACCAACUUACCAGAGGGAUAUGAGGAGGAAGUGACGGUACCAAACAAGCCACGAGACGACUCUAUGGGGUCCCACACUGUUCCGUUCACACGCACGGUAUACAUUGAUCGCUCAGAUUUCAAAGAGCAGGAUGACCCGAACUUUUACCGAUUGGCUCCUGGCAAGACCGUUGGUCUUCUCAACGUCCGGCAUCCGAUUACAGCAACCGAGGUGGUGAAGGACGGUAGCGGAAAUGUGAUUGAAGUAAAGGCGCGCUACGAAAAUGGACCGGAGGUUUCAAAAAAGCCAAAGACAUACAUCCACUGGGUCGCAGAAUCCGCAAAGCACCAGUCACCCGUGAAAGUAGAAGUUCGACUAUAUUCAAACUUGUUUUUACACGAGAACCCGCAAAGCGAGAAAGAUGUUCCUGGAGGGUGGUUGAGCGACCUGAAUCCGACCUCGCUUGUCACCAUCCCCGAAGCGUUCUCUGAGGUCGGCAUCAACACAUUCAAGGUUGAGGAUAAGUUCCAGGCUGUGCGAACGGGCUACUUUUGUGUGGAUCCCAAUUCCGAUGUGAAACAUGGGAAAUUCGUCCUUAACCGGACGGUAACGUUGAAGGAGGACAGUAAGAAGGAUAAAUGAAGUGAGGGCGUGCUUGUCAACUGUAAAAACACACUAGUCUAAUAGAUGAAUACAAUGAUUCUCCAAUGACAUGCCACA